AUGAAACGGAAUCCUUUGUCUGCACCGUCACUGCCUCUGACUUUCGCUGCACCUGCAGGCUAUGUGCCUUCCUCCUUCGCUCUCGUUGGAGUCUGGGCUUAUAUGUCUACAACAGGCCUCCUGAUUAGUGAAUUGAGCAUUAACGUCGCAUGCUCGAUAGGGCGCCCAUCGGGAGUAUCCUUGUUAUCUCUCGGCGAGUUGACACUCGGCAAGGCAGGCUCUGUAGUGGCAGCCCUUUCCUAUACGCUUUUACACUACGCUAUUCUCACUGCGUAUACAUCACAAGGAGGCGCCAUGCUCAUAGAAUUGCUGCGUUGGGCCGAGUCUGCUCUACAUACUUCCAAUGUCUUGCCUCCACAAGCUUUGAUGGGAACGCUGUUUGCUGUUGCAAUAGGAGGUGGAAUGUAUGCCUUGUCUAAGGGUACGGUAGAGCGCAUCAACAACGCGAUGGUGGCUGCUGUGAUUGCGUCUUUCGGUUUGGUUGUCGCAGGAGCUGGAGGUCACGUGGACGCCUCUCGACUACUGUCAGAUAUGCACUGGGGCUCGCUGGUGCAUGGAUCAAUUUUACCCGUCUUGUUUGUUUCAUGUGUGUAUCACAAUGUGGUCUCCACCGUGACGAUGCGUCUCGAAGGGGAUCGCAAGAAAAUCCGACGCGUGAUUCUGGGAGGCAGUGCACUUCCCUUGGCAAUGUUUUUGAUCUACAAUGGGGCGAUUCUUGGCAGCGGCGGACUCGCAGCGCAAGAUGGGCUAGCAGUUGCUUGCUUUUCGCUACUAGCAGUGGCAACGAGCUUUGUCGGUUUCGUGGAAGGGCUUACCGAGCUGUGGACAGACGUGAGGAUAACCGCUCUUGGUCAGUCGCAGGCCCAUGUCGCCAAAACGAAGUACCAGAGUUUCAUUGCGACGUUGGUGCCGCCGGUUGCGUUCACUGCCCUCUCCCCGGACAUUUUUCUUCCAGCGUUGGAUGCUGCCGGAACGUAUGGAAUUGCAGUCCUGUUUGGGGGACUCCCGGCUGCAAUGGCAUGGCGAAAUCGACAGAAAGAAGGUAAAAAAGGUUUCAAACCUUUCCUCGGUGGGGGAAACGGCGUGCUCGCACUUGUUGCGCUUAUUCCAGCUUUGCUCAUUGGCAACAGAAUUCUAGAAGGAGUGCAUAACAAGAAUCACAAGCAAGCUGUUCAUAUCGCAGACCUGUGA